AUGCUGAGUGAGCAGAGCCCGUUGCUCGAGCAGCCCCCAGCAGGCACCGCGCCGCCCGCGUGGCAGGCCAACAAGACCGGGUCCAGGCUCUCGCAACUGCCCAAAAUCGGGCUCCAGAGAACCAGCCGGACCAGCCAGAAAUUGAAGCUCUUGCCCGUCGUGCCGGACCUCGGGGCCGAGGACGACGACGGCCUGGACGAGGCGCCGUUUGCCGCGGCCGGCGGCCAGCGCCACGGCGUGUACUCGCAGGUGACCAAAAUCAAGGACCGGCCCGCACGCAAAGACGCCGAGAUCUUGGGCAAGCUGCACCGGGACCUCUUGCCGCGGGUCACGGCCUACUGCACGUGCGGGCUGUACCGGAUGAAGGAGCUCUUGCGGUGGUUGAAGGACCGCAAGCGCAUCCACAACACAGGCCCCCGGCUCUUCGACGAGUGUCUCUAUUCGCCGUUCACGUACAAGGACUGGCGCAGCGACUCGGACGGCGGGUCGCGCAAGCUCACGCGGUUGGCGGACGACGGCGGCGAGAUCGAGUUCGGCACGAGGUCGGACGUGUUUGUGUUCGAGUACGGCGUGGUGAUCAUGUGGGGCUUCUCGGUCAAGGAGGAGCACGCGUUUCUCGAGGACUUGGCGCGCUUCGAGUCGGAGAAGUUGCUGGCCGAGGACAUCCAGGUGGAGGAGUUCAACUACUACAUCACCACGUCGUACCAGCCGCGCAUCUACAACGACUUCAUCACGCUCCGCGACGACAACAACCACAUGUUGAAGCUCCUGGUCUCGCAUGCGCUCGCGCAGCUGGUGAAGAUCUCGCUUUUCGAGGAGCUCGUGGACAACACCAUCGAGGACACGCACGACAUCCCGCAGCAGAUUGCGCACACGGGCAAGGUGGAGAUGACGCGCGACGAGACCAUGAAGCUGAUUGGCGAGCUUUUCAUCUUGCGCAUCAACAUCAACUUGCACGGCUCGGUGCUCGACUCGCCGGAGCUCAUGUGGGCCGAGCCGCACUUGGAGCCCAUCUACCAGGCCACGCGCGGGUAUCUUGAGAUCAACCAGCGCGUGGAGCUUUUGAACCAGCGGCUCGAGGUGAUUUCCGAUCUCUUGCAGAUGCUCAAGGAGCAGUUGGGGCACUCGCACGAGGAGAACCUCGAGUUCGUGGUGGUGUUGUUGGUGUGCAUCGAGGUGGUGGUCAGCGUGGUGAACAUCGUCGUGGAUAUUCUCACCUACUGA